GUAAACAACCCCCCACCCCUUCUCCAGGUGGGAGCGUCGAAAGCAUCCCAAACGUCCAGCUUUCUCAACCUAGCUUAGUUGCGGCGAUUGGGCAAGAAGGGAAACGUCGGGUGGAGAGCGAGAGGGACAACCACCCCCGGCAAGGGUUUGCCGACCCGCCCUGCUGCCUGCUGAUUGGAUCCGAAAGCCGUAGAGCGCCGGCCUCCCCUGGCCGACCAUUGGCUGUCAGCGCGGCGGCCGGUGAGAGGGUCCCAAAUAUUGCCAAGGGAGGGGGAGAAAGCGAGGCUUGUUCAACGGCAGCAGGAAUUUAGAACAGUAAUGGCUGCUGAAUCUCCCCGCCGUCCAAGCCGAUGUACUGGAGGAGUGAUAGUCCGGCCACAGGCCGUUACGGAGCAGUCCUACAUGGAAAGCGUUGUUACAUUUCUGCAAGAUGUCGUACCACAGGCUUAUAGUAGUACAGCUCCAACAGAAGAAAAAGAGAAAAUUGUAUGGAUCAGAUUUGAAAAUUCUGACUUGAAUGAUAUGUUAAGGAAUGUGGAGCUACAUGAGAUGCACAGUACUGGGAACGAACCUCCUCUUCUGCUCAUGAUUGGCUACAGUGAUGGGAUACAGAUAUGGAGCAUACCUUCAUUCAGUGGCAGCAAAGAUGUAACUAACGCUUUUUUUGCCUGUCUCUGUGUUCUGCCCCAUCCAGAUCGCGAAAAGAGUGAUAACUUUGCUGAGAAGAGACCUCUCCUUGCUGUGUGCAAAAGCAUCGGAUCUUCUGGGACCAGCCCUCCUUACUGCUGCGUGGAUCUCCAUUCUUUGAGAACAGGGGAAGUAGUCAAAUCCGUGCAGUUCAAAACACCUAUUUAUGAUCUCCACUGCAACAGAAGGAUUCUGGUUGUUGUCUUGCAAGAGAAGAUUGCUGCCUUCGACAGCUGCACUUUCACUAAAAAAUUCUUUGUCACAAGUUGCUAUCCUUGUCCAGGGCCAAAUAUGAACCCCAUAGCUCUAGGGAGCCGGUGGCUGGCCUAUGCAGAAAACAAGCUGAUUCGUUGCCAUCAGUCCCGGGGUGGAGCUUGUGGCGAUAACAUCCAGUCCUACACAGCCACAGUCAUCAGCGCAGCCAAAACCAUCAAAACUGGGCUCACCAUGGUUGGAAAAGUGGUAACCCAGCUGACAGGCACUUCGCCAUCAGGAGCCGCGGAAGAAGAAGUCUUGGCACACACCAAUAGCCGACGCAGCCCUUUGGUCCCUGGAAUUGUCACUGUUAUUGAUACUGAGAUGGUCGGAGAAGGACAGGUGCUGGUGAGCGAGGACUCCGAUAGUGACGGCAUCGUUGCUCACUUCCCGGCCCAUGAGAAGCCCAUUUGCUGCAUGGCUUUCAACCCCAGCGGCAUGCUCCUGGUCACGGCAGACACCCUGGGCCAUGAUUUCCACAUCUUCAAAAUCCUUACCCACCCCUGGUCAUCUUCUCAAAGCGCCGUCCAUCAUUUGUACACAUUACACCGCGGGGAGACUGAAGCCAAAGUGCAGGACAUCGCAUUCAGCCACGACUGCCGGUGGGUGGCGGUCAGUACCCUCCGAGGCACCUCCCACGUCUUCCCCAUCAACCCCUACGGCGGGCAGCCCUGCGUACGGACUCACCUGUCGCCCCGGGUCGUGAACCGCAUGAGCCGCUUCCAGAAGAGCGCAGGGCUGGAGGAGAUCGAGCAAGAGCUGACCACCAAACAAGGAGGGCGCUGCAGUCCCGUGCCGGGCCUUUCCAGCAGUCCGUCUGGUUCCCCUCUCCACGCCACAGGACCGAAAUACCUCUGUGUCUCUAUGAAGGAGCUCCAGAUUUGA